AUGGCACUAUCACGGUCUCUUAAGGUGGCGGUGAUCGGAGCCGGAGUCUCCGGCCUUAACACCUCCCGUGAGCUUCAAAGAGAAGGCCACCAAGUUGUAGUCUUCGAAAAAUCAAACCGACUUGGUGGAACAUGGGUGUACGACUCACGAGUUGAGGCCGAUCCACUCGGUCUCGACGCGAAUAGAGAGAUCGUACACAGUAGCCUCUAUAAAUCACUUCGCACAAACCUUCCUCGACCCAUUAUGGGGUUUUCGGAUUACCCAUUUACAAUGAGUGAAAAUGGGGAUUCCAGGAAUUUUCCGGGCCAUGAAGAGGUGCUCAAGUUUUUGGAGAGGUUCGCGAUGGACUUUGGACUCAGUGAAUUGAUACGAUUCAACACGAAGGUUGUCCGAGUUGAAAGGGUUGACUCAUGGAAUAUUGAUAAGUGGGUGGUUGAGUCCAGAACGAGUGGGGUGAGUUUGGAGGAGGUUUUUGAGGCUGUGGUGGUUUGUAAUGGUCGUUACACUGAACCAAAAGUAGCCAAAUUUCCAGGUAUUGAGAAAUGGCCUGGAAAGCAAGUACAUAGUCACAAUUAUCGUCAUCCUGAACCAUUCUGUGAUCAGGUGGUCGUUAUAAUUGGAAGCGGGCCUAGCGCUUAUGAUAUAUCGAGAGAAAUUGCAACCGUUGCCAAAGAAGUUCACCUUUCAUCAAGAUCUCCGGAUGUUAAAGCUUCAAAAUUGGACAACCACAACAAAAUGUGGCAGCAUUCAAAGAUCGAUUAUGUCAACGAAGAUGGUAUGGUAGCCUUUCAAGAUGGAGUUUGUGUUCAUGCAGAUACUAUUCUCCAUUGUACUGGGUAUAAACUCCAUUUUCCAUUUCUUAACACAAAUGAGAUUGUAAGCAUUGAGGACAACCGUGUUGGGCCACUGUACAAGCAUGUCUUCCCCCCACGGCUUGCUCCGAGGCUCUCUUUCGUUGGAUUACCUCAAAAGACUAUUAUAUUUCUUAUGCUGGAAUUACAAUCAAAGUGGAUUGCACAAGUUUUAUCUGGCAAGGUGCUUCUACCAUCCCAAGAACAGAUGUUAGCUGAUAUUCAAGAGUACUAUAAGCAUAUGGAGGAAUGUGGAAUUCCCAAGCACCACACUCAUACUCUAAAUCCAACAGAGUUUAGCUAUCUGGACUGGUUAGCUGCUCAAAUAGGAAUGCCACCACCAGAGGAGGGGCUGAAAGAGAUGUAUAAGCAUACUUUGAAGUGCCUUAUUUUAAAUAACGAUAAUUACAGGGACGAAUGAGCUGUCAUAACUGUCAUUUCUUUGUCAUCUUGGUUAAUAAAAUGGAUAAUGUUAUACUUACCAAAUUUUUUUACUAAAUCUCCAUCUUAAAUGAUGUGACAUAAUUUUCUGCCAUCAGAUGAAUAGGUGUCAUUAAUGCUCAAUGACAGAGAUUGUGUUAUAUCAUUUAGGAUGAAAAAUUUAGUAAAAAAAUUUGGUAAAAAUAGCAUUUUCCUAAUAAACUAUUGUACAAG